AUGAAGGGAGUUAAGCAAACGAUUAAGGACAUACUUCACAGGGAGAAGUCUGACUUUGAUAAGAGUGAAUACCAACGUUUGAUAGAUGAUUUACCUGAGAAUGAAUCUACGAUAGAAGAUCAUUCUCUGACAGAUGAUCUACCUAAAUACGGAGCCUUUAAUGCCAAAGAACACGAGUUUGAAGAGCUCAAGGCCUACCUUAAUGGGUACAAACCUCUAAGGGGCAAUGACCUUGUCACUCAAGGUCUCGCUAAAUUUGUUCGCCCAAUACCGCUUCCCCUCGAUACUCUUAGCAUCACAGGGGAAGAUGGUUCUUUCACUACCGAUAUUGAUUACUGGGCUUAUGUUCCCCGCCUAGGACAUAUGCCACUUCUCUGGCGAGACCGCGUCACAGACUGGUCGAGUUGGUCGACGAUAUCCGAAGCUCGUAAGACGCGCUAUAGAAUACCAGAGCGCAGAUACCCUGGGGGGCCGUUGGGUCAUAUUUUCGAGCUGUAUUACAACGAAAAAGGCGAUCAUGAAUAUCGUCCUACACCGAAACCCUUUAAAGACCGUUGGGGAGAUGAGAUCAAAUUACUUAGAGCCGAGGGCUUCAUUAUUGAGCCUGAUAAAGGACCUAAUAAGUUGUUAACCAGUUCCGAGUAUAACAUUUACCCUUCUCGCUUAGACGACAAGCCAAAAAAGAGUAAUAGGUAG